AUGAAUCGACAGAGAUCUUGCUGCACACAUUCUUCCUUCACUCCAUCCACAACCACGAUAAAAAAGAGCCUAACAAUUCCAGAGGAUGAUGAGAUAACUACGAGGAGCCACAAGUCCCAACAAAAUGGCCGCUGGAGUGUUGAUUGGCAGUGCUCAAGUAAGCAUACGAGUAGUGGAAAGGGGAAGAAAGUAAUUAACUUGGAGCGUAGAAGGUCUGUUGAUAGAUAUCAUGAAUGCCGUAGUAUUGCUCCAGAAACUACUAACUGUUCCCCAGGUCAAGGAUUCUACUCAGAGUCAGAAGAGGACUCAUCAAGCGAAGAAGAAAUUGAUGCUAUGAUCCUGGACAAUAUUGAUCACUCUUGCUAUAGUCAUGCUUAUUUGAGAAGAUGUUAUAGCCAACACAAGGAUCGAAAUCGAGGGAGAAAAAGUGUGCGUCACUCAAGCACAAGCUUGAGAGACAAGUAUCAACCAAAGAGUUUCCAAGACAUUGUGGGCCAUGAAAUAAUCACCAAGGUCAUCUCCAAUGCCGUUGAUAAGAAAAAAAUUGCCCAGCUUUAUCUGUUCCACGGCCCCAAUGGCACUGGCAAGACAUCAACUGCUAGAAUAUUUGCCAUGGCGUUGCAAUGUGAAUCCCCCAUUCAUUUAAUAAACCAUGUUGGAGUUGCAGAGGAUGCUCCAGAAGCCCGUCUGUCAUGA